AUGUACCUUCAGAGAAGCAGGUUUGGUUUCCGGAAGAGACUACACAUGAUUACCGGUAUCAGAAUUGCGCGAGGUGCUCGAAGGAGCAGCAAAAGCUCAACGACGAGGGGUGGUAAUGCGAAGACAAUGGUGGACCUCACUGCUGUUGGGGGUGCGCCACUCAAAGUUGGGCCAGAAUUUGAAGUAACACGAGAGAAAGAAGGAGCGUAUUCAUUUGAAGGAGCUCAAGAUUUCGUGUAUGCAUACAGGGUCUGCGAGGUGCAUUAUGGGAAGUCAGUAUACACGAAAGCAUACAACAAAGGGGAUUCAUUCGCCGAUGGCAAGAAUGCUGGCGAGGAAGGAUUGUGCCAGGAAGAUAACGACGAGGACAAGUACGACGAUGGCGACAAAGAUAUUCCUCAAAUACUGGUGGAAAACAUCGCAAAGCAGGACUUUGCUGGUACAGCUGGGACAGAUGUGACAGUACUGAGAGGUGAGGAAGAUGAGCAGUUUAUCCUGGCGUUGAAGACACAAAUGUUGGUUGUGAAAAUGGUAGAAUGUACGAGAUAA